GCCGAUCCCGGCCGGUCCCGAACGGAGCCGCGGCCACGAUGGCUCCGUCCCCCCCCCCAACCACCGCCACCGCUUAAAGGGGCCCCGGGGGUGGGACCGGGGGGGGGGCCCGGAGCCGGCAGCGCGCACGGUACCGGGGCUGGAGCCGGUGGAGCCGCGGGGGGGGGGCCCGUUACCGGUUGAAGAUGCACUUGUUCCGGAGCUCCAGCUACGAGAUCCGGCUGGAGGGCGAGGGGGGCGGCUCGCCCCGCAUCCAGGGCAUCCGCUGGACUCCACUCUUGGAUAAUGAAUCCAGCCUGGACUAUGGACACAGCCUCACCCAGGCAUCCUCGGAUAGGAUCUGGCGAGCGGGGAAGCUCCUUUACAUCCACCUCACCAGCACCCGGCCCGGCCUCAUCCGGGACCACAAGCAUCACCUGCGGCACCACAGGCAGUGCUGCUCUGGCCGGGAGCUGGUGGAUUGGCUGCUGAGCACUGGGCUGGCCCUGCAGAGCCGCAGCCAAGCCAUUGGCAUCUGCCAGGUCCUGGUGGAUGGAGGCGUCCUGACACACGUGAAGCAGGAGUGGCAUUUCCAGGACAAGGACACCCAGUUCUAUCGCUUUGCUGAGCUGGAGCUGAGCCCUGAUCCCGGCGCUGGGCUCCGGGAUGCGGAGGAGCUGCUGGAAGCUUUGGCAUUCCUGGCUCAGCUGGGUCCUGAUGCGCUGCUCACCAUGGCCCUGCGCAAGCCGCCUGCCCAGCGCACGGAGGAUGAGCUGGAGCUCAUAUUUGAGGAGCUGCUCCACAUCAAAGCCGUGGCUCAUCUCUCCCGCUCGGUGAAGCGGGAGCUGGCGUCCGUGCUGAUGUUCGAGUCGCACCAGAGAGCAGGCACCGUGUUGUUCAGCCAAGGAGACAAAGGCACCUCCUGGUACAUCAUCUGGAAGGGCUCAGUGAACGUGGUCACCCACGGCAAGGGCCUGGUGGCCACACUGCACGAGGGGGAUGACUUUGGGCAGCUGGCUCUGGUGAACGAUGCUCCUCGAGCAGCCACCAUCAUCCUGCGGGAGGACAACUGCCACUUCCUGCGGGUGGACAAGCAGGACUUCAACCGCAUCCUCAAGGACGUGGAGGCCAACACCAUGCGCCUGAAGGAGCACGGGAAGGUGGUGCUGGUGCUGCAGAAGAACCUGCAGGCUGGCAGCAGCCAGGCAGCCACAGCACGGAGCAGCAGGUACCUGGUGAUGGCCGGGACACCGGAGAAGAUCCUGGAGCAUCUCCUGGAGUUCAUGAGGCUCGAUGCCACGCUCUAUGACCCCGUGGACACGCUGCUGGGGGAUUUCCUGCUCACCUACACCGUGUUCAUGCCGACCUCGCAGCUCUGCAGGGCUCUGCUGCACCAUUUCCGUGCGGAGCCAAUGGAGGGCUCGGAGCAGGAUAAGGCCACCUAUUCCCUGCACAAGCGCCGCAAGAUCCUGCGCCUGGUGAGCCAGUGGGUGCUGCUCUAUGGGCGGCUGCUGCAGGGCGACCGCAGCACCACAUCCCUGCUGCAGAACCUGGCGGACCUGGCGAGCCAGGACCCCCGCCUGGGUGGGAUGGUCCAGGAGCCAGCACCGGAACGGCGACGGCCCCGAGCGCUGGAGAAUGGAGAUGGGAGUGUUUCACCCCAGCCCAAGGCUCAGGGCUCGGUGACCUGGAUGGGGAGCCAGGAGGAGGCGACUGUGAGCAGCACUUGUGCCUUGAGAGCCCAGGACAAAGUGCCCUAUGAGAUCUACAGAGCCGACCAUUCCUGCCUGGUCACGGUGCUGCCCAUCAAUGCCUCGGUGCGGGAUGUGCUGCGGUCCCUGGCCCCACGGCUGGGCCGGGAUGGGGAACACAUCCUGGUCAAGGUGAACUCGGCUGGAGACAAAGUGGGGCUGCAGCUGGAUGCUGUCGGGGUCUUCACAGCGCUGGGGCUCAAUGAGAGGCUCUUUGCUGUGAGCAUGGAGGAGCUCAGCAGCUUGACCCCCCAUCCCGAGCAGUUGGGCCCCCAGGUUGGCUCCUCAGACACCUUGGACCUCAUCAGCUCCAAGGACCUCGCCAGCCACAUCACUGACUACGACUGGAGCCUCUUCAAGAGCAUCCACCAGGUGGAGAUGCUGCACUACAUCACGCGCCCGCCGCGGUUCCAUGCGGUCACCACGGCCAACCUGGAGCGGGUGAUGCGGCGCUUCAAUGAGCUGCAGCACUGGGUGGUCACUGAGCUCUGCCUCUGCUCCGACGUGGGACGGAGAGCACAGCUCCUGCGCAAGUUCAUCAAGCUGGCGGCACACCUCAAGGAGCAGAAGAACCUCAACUCCUUCUUCGCGGUGAUGUUCGGUGUGAGCCACACGGCUGUCAGCCGCCUGGCGCGGACAUGGGAGAGGCUGCCCCAUAAGAUCCGGAAGCUGCACUCGGUGCUGGAGCGGAUGCUGGUGGGUGCCUCGGCUCGGGAUGGGUGCCGGGGAUCCCUUUGGAUGCAUCCAUGCGCCAGGAAGGCAGAGCUGAUCCCUCAAUCCCCCUUUGCAGACAUGACCUUCAUCCACGAGGGCAACCACACGCUGGCCGAGAACCUCAUCAACUUUGAGAAGAUGCACAUGAUGGCCAAGACCCUGCGUGUCCUGCAGCGCUGCCGCGGCAACGCGCAUGCUCCACUCUCUCCACUGCGAACCCGCUCCCAGCACCGGCCUGAGGACCCCAAGGCAGUCAGGAUGUCCACGUGCUCAGAGCAGUCCCUCAGCGUGCGCAGCCCUGUCUCUACCUGGGCCUAUCUACAGCACCUGAGAGCCAUUGACAGCCAGAAGGAGCUGCUGCGGCUUUCCAGAGCCCUGGAACCCUGACACAGCCGGAGCAGGGAUGUGGCAAUGGGGCAGCCCCAUAGCUCUGCUCCCAGGAGCACUGGGCACGGGGCUGGGCUGGAGCCAGCCAAGAGCUGCUCCUGCUUGGCCAAGGGGCAGGAUUGGGCCAUGGGCAGUGGGGUGAGCACUGGAGGUGCUGCGUUCCCCUCUCCUCUCCAUGCAGCAGCCUUGGAUUCCGGCCGGGAAGGAGGAAGGAGCCUGGAUGCCCCCAUUGCUGAGCAUCCUGCGGGUACCACUGGGAGAUGCUGGAGCAUCCUUCAUAGGGACCACAUCUGCCUCCAUCAGGGUCUGGUCCUGCUGCCCCAUGGAUCUGCCCUUCCCUCUGGUGUGUGCCAUGGGAGAUGCUGGCUCCCAUCCCAGCCUAUGGGAGCAGCGCGAUCCCAGAACCAUGGGGGGAAGAACCUCGAUCCCCCAGAACUGUUGGGGUUAAAGCAGCCUCCUCCGUGCCUCAGUUUCCCCACAUGGAUGGGAGCAGGAAUAGCCAUGGGACAGCAUCAGGCCUGGAGGGAAGGAAGCCGUGAUGGCCUCAUGAUGGAGAUGGGGACCUGCUCCAGCCAUUCCCAACCCACAAGCAGGGCUUAGGGGGAGAUGCCUUUGGAGGAUGCAGGGGGCCAGGACCUCAGAGCAUCUCGAUGCACAGGGAGCCCUUUGACAAUGGCCCUGGAUGAAGCUGUGGGGCUGGGGGCACAUCACAGCCCAUAAAGGGACCCACCACAAGGGAUGCUCUGUGCCAUGGCCAGGACACCACAAGCCAAACCCUCGCCAGCCUUGCCCCAAGGGCUACCGGGACCAGAGCAUUGGUUGCUCUUCAGGCCAUGCACAUCAAUGGGUCGAUGACAAUAAAGGUCCCAUCACACCUAAA